AUGGGGCAGGAGCAUCAUCAUGACUGGCCUCCACAUUUUCCUGCGAAGUCUGGAGCGACAGGGGUGACGCUGAAGGGGAAUGAUCAUCUUCCUCGACCGACGAGGCCAAGAGCUCCGCGGCAGUGCAGUCCGCUGGCUCGUCGUCUGCAUGCAUGGCAAGAUCAACGUGAAGAGGAGCUGGGACGCGGGGGCAGUGAGGAUCAUUGCCAUUAUUCGAGACAUCAUCCUUGCGAAUGA